ACAUUUAAUUCUGUAUUUGGCAAAGUCUCCUGUUUCACAGACAGUUGUGCUUGUUUUGUCCUAUGUCAGUGGGGCUGGUGUAGUGGACUCUCAACAGGAGAGGGUUGGAAGUGAGGUUAUUGCCUUGUGUGUGUGUGUGUGUGUGUAUUUGUGUGUGUGGCUAGCUUAUCAGAGUGAAGGCUAUUGAAAGAGCUUUUUCACAGUGAGACGUCAGGAGUAGGCGGUGUUUCCCUGACGAAGUCUCACCACGACUUAACAGCUACAACUCACAGCAGAGAGUGUGUGUUUUUCAAUGAUCAGGGACGUGUGAACAAGAGUCGAGCGAGGAAGGGACAUCACAAGGCAGUUGACUUACCGGAAUAAUUCUGCUGGGGGUAUUUUGUUGCAUCAAAAGAAGAAAAAAAACUAAAAGGGAAAGUCGUGAGGAGUGCAUUCCGCAUUCAGCAUGGACGUUCGAUGUCAUCAAUCUGCAAUGUCACCGCUUAUACUUCAAGGAGAACCUUACGUGGAAAUUGCCGAGCAGCCCAAGCAGCGUGGCAUGCGUUUCCGGUAUAAGUGUGAAGGACGAUCAGCUGGGAGCAUUCCAGGGGAGCACAGCACAGACAACAGCAGAACAUAUCCAUCAAUACAGAUCAUGAAUUAUGUCGGAAGAGGGAGAGUUUUAAUUACUUUAGUGACGAAAAGUGAACCCUUCAAACCUCAUCCACAUGACUUGGUUGGGAAAGACUGUAGAGAGGGGUUCUAUGAAGCAGAUUUCGGGCCGGACCGUAGAGUUCUUUGUUUUCAGAACUUAGGCAUUCAGUGUGUCCGUAGGAGAGAGGUAAAAGAAGCCAUUUUGUUCCGGAUUCAGCGAUGUCUCAACCCCUUUAAUGUCCCACAGGAGCAACUGCUUCAAAUUGAAGACUAUGAUCUGAAUGUGGUGAGGCUGUGUUUCCAAGUAUUUCUUCCAGAUGAACAUGGCACGUUUACCAGAGCUCUUCCGCCAGUUAUCUCGAACCCUAUAUACGAUAACAGAGCCCCGAAUACAGCCGAGCUAAAAAUCUGUCGCAUCAACAAAAACACUGGAAGUGUUAAAGGAGGAGAUGAAAUUUUCCUACUGUGUGACAAGGUUCAAAAAGAUGACAUCGAAGUGCGUUUUUUCACUCACAACUGGGAGGCCAAAGGUUCCUUCUCACAAGCUGAUGUCCACCGACAAGUUGCCAUCGUCUUCAGAACGCCAGCCUAUUGCCAAACAAACAUCUCUGAACCCAUGACCGUGAAAAUGCAGCUUCGAAGACCUUCUGAUCAGGAAGUCAGUGAACCCAUGGAGUUCAGAUACCUUCCAGAUGAGAGAGUUAACUGCUUUCAUGAAAAGAGAAAGAGGACAGCAGAAGUCUUCCAGAAGUUGAUGCAGGACUGGGUACCAGGUGCAAACCGAUCAGACAGGUUGCCUGUAGUCCCUGUUGUUUCAAGACAAUUUGCAACCGCAAGGAUUAAGACAGAGCCUCUCAGCUCGUUCCCCUGCCCGCAGCAAGCACCACCAGACCUCAGCCAGCAUCACCCCAACAGCACCGUCAGUCAGAACCACCAUAUAUUCUUCCCUCCUGCCCCCCAGCAGACCGCAGUGGGGCCUCCCACCACUGUUGCUUCAAGCUGGCAUCGGGUGGCGCCUGCAGUCAACACGUACGGUCCUGGUCCCCAGACCAUGGACGUACGUCCCUCUUACAACAUGAACGGACAUGGCACUUACGGCACUCAAACAGUGGAUCAGCCCGACCCUUACUGCGGGGCUCAGAAACUGGACGGGCAGACUUACCUUCACGGGAAUGGUGCAAUUCUGCCUGUGCUCACAGACGAUGUGCUGAACUGUUUGCAAACACACACACAAAACGCUCCUUUCAUCCAGGUGGCUUACAGGCAAAACGUCAAUGGCACCGGAGCCCAAUCCAUUCAACAGCCCGGAGUUUUCAGCUGCUCCUUGGACACCGCUGGCCAGAGCCAAGCCGUCCCCGUGCGGUUGCUUGGCAACAACGACGUGCGCUUGGGGAGCGUGAGCCAAGGGAGGGAUUGUACGUCCGUCUCAGGGAUGUGGAAAGUGCCGAAUCUGUCAACCAUGCCCCAGCAGUGCCUGCAGAGCAAUCAGAUGCUGCACAACAGCUUGGUAAACACAGCCAAAACGGAUGAGAUCAACUCACAGUCGACUCUCAUGGGAAGUCUCGGAGACCUGAACUACGAAGGACGUAUGGAGAUGACCAGCAUGUACAACAUGGGUGGUGCCGAGAGCGAGGAUCUCCUGAACUCGAUCACCACGCACCACGCGGACUUGAGUUUCGCGAAGGAGUUCCAAUCCACCACCUCCGCAGACUUUGACGUCGAAGACUUCUUCAAAGAUUUUAUGAUGAAGGACGUAACGGCCACAGUGAUUGACUGAGGCCAGUGGGUUGCUUUGCUUGUUGACUAACAGAGGGCGAAGUUUGAUCUCUGUGGGUAGGCUUCACUUUACAGCUGUCACAAAGUCGAGUGCGAUUGAAUAAU